AAAGACAAACUGAGGAGGACUGUUGCAUCAGCGACAUCCGAAUCUGCUAUACGCCGUCAAAAGUUGCGAUCGACAUACCAGCUUCAACAUUGGACUCAAAGAAGCGAGAAUCAGCCAGCAGCUACCGGGCCGUCACGAUGAAUCUACCCGUGGCUCUCCGCACACUUGCGACCGUCGUUCUCGUACAAUUAAUUGGUGUCGAGAGUCAUCCGUCGAUGACUUGCUACGUCAUUCCACCACCGGAGCCGCUUCCUGGUGAACACCAGACGCAAGCAGCCGCUCCAGAAAUACGAAACUCGACUGAAGUCAGCGAUGGAGUUGAAGCCACGGAUGAGGUCGAGAUUUCGUCAACACCCUCUGCUCCCCGAUAUGCUGACUGCAGUGACAUCGUGGACAGCGGGAUGUCUGGGCUGGGUGUCUACACUAUCUACCCACCGCAAUAUCCAAACGGCUUGACCGUUAAAUGCAGGGGGAAAUGGAUAGUGAUUCAGAAUCGUAAAAGCGGGUGGGUCAAUUUCACCCGUAGCUGGGCCGAGUACCGAGACGGCUUCGGUGAUCUGACGUGGGAGUUCUGGCUGGGCAACGAGGUAGUCCGCCAGCUGACCUCGGAAGGCACUUGGAGACUACAGAUUAUAGUGGAAGAAGCAAAAGGCUUAAAGAGAAUAACCUGGACGCAGUUCAAGAUCACAGGUGACAACUACACACUUCAUGUGGAUCCAUUGCAACCAGGGGAUCAUCAUUACUCAAAAGGUAAGUCUCUCACUGACGUUUCCUUAGGCCAGCCGUUCUCAACCUACGAUCGCGACAAUGACGCCGAUGGCAACGCCAAUUGUGCCGCUCAGCUGAAGGGAGGCUGGUGGUUCAAGACUUGUACUGGAGGAGUCGGGAAUGUGGAUCUCGUGCCGACUAACCUGAAUGGGGAGUAUUCCUAUCCCGUCAACUACACGGGGCAAGAUUACCGCGGUAUGAGGUGGGCUGGUGCGCUUGAGUUUGGUGACCAAAUACUAUCUGCUUCACUGAAAAUCAUGGAAACCAUGACAGUUUAAAGGAUAAAAAAAUUAAGCAACCGUUCUUCUACGUUUAUCAACUACCCUUAACAUUCCUUUAGGAAAUUUGUGAUAGAAAUCUAGCGACGUGCGAUUGCAAGGUGUUUUCUGGUGGUUUUUAGAUUAUAGUGAAUGCUGUAUCAGCAUCCAUACUCCAACCGGCCUUAAACAGAGUGUUUCAUUUCGGGCAAGCACAUAUUUAUUCCCGUUCAUAAAUACCUUUUCGGUACAAAACAAGUCAAUUUUUUUUUAAAUUUUCCAACAUUUUUACUCAACAAUUUAACUUCAUUGGGUUUUUUUCGGAACACCCAUCUAGCUUAUGUGCUUUGGUAUGGCCUUCUCGCGAGUAACCUUAAAAACCUCCUUAUCGGCACAGAACGCAGCUGUUCCGGUGUAGUGUGAAUUUAGGACUAUGAAACAAUAUUGCGCAUACCUAAGUGAGGAUUGUGAAUGUUUAAUCAACAAAACGGUACUGGCAGGCACCGGAUUUCAUGUAGGAGUCCAAUUUUCAUAUGUCGCUGGAAAAGUGUUUUAAGACCUGCCAGCCGGUCUUU